CUUGAUAACUAAUAGUGUUGUUGGAUUCUGCCGGAGUUGAACAAAAUGACCGAUAGCCGAUUCAGAAGGCUGCUGUUGUGUUUUAUGACCAUAUGGUCUGUGGCGUUAGGACAAACAGGCAACUAUUCUGUGGUCAGAGAUCACGAAGGAAACGAAGAAUUCAUAACCGUGAAUAAAACAGGCAAUAUCUCAUGUGUUUCUGCUCAACCCAUUCCUAAAUCACAAGCCUACUGUAAGCCGUAUCGUUACAAAGGAAGUAGUGGUGUUUGCGCGAGUAUUGUCAAAGAUCGCAAUGUUUAUGGCUCAUCAUCGCAUCAAAGGAAGAUGGAAAGUAGUCUGUAUAACUUCAGAAUGGCAAAGGCUUACAUUCUUUCCAAAGGGGAUAUCUCUGAUAGGUGCCUUCGCACUGUGGAUCUGGUUUACUGCAACCACUACUUUCCAAAGUGUGACGACACGUCAUCAAAGAUUCUUCCAGUUCCAGUCUGUAGGGAGGCCUGCGAUGUUAUGGUACAGAGGCAUUGCAAAGAAGAGUAUCGUCGCGCUAAGGAAAUUAACAAGGCUCUACAGGACUCCCCUGCACUCGGGCUUGGAUGGAGUUUUGAAUUGCUUAACUGCUCAGAGUUCCCUUUGAGAAACGGUGGUUCUAUUCCAGAGUGUCAUUAUCCUGAGGAACUCGAAGAAAAAAACGCGUUGGAAGGAGACUUCAGUGAUAGGUGUUUCUAUGGCGACGGUCAAUUAUACCGUGGAAAUGUAUCUGUGACACAGUCCGGUUACAAGUGUCAGUCGUGGACUUCCCAGUGUCCUCAUCGGCACCACAGAACACCAGAAAUUUUCCCCGAACUAAGUAACACCGGCAAUGCAUGCCGGAACCCCGGAGGACAGGCCCCUCUCGGUCCUUGGUGCUACACCACUAAUUCUACAGUUCGUUGGGAAUACUGCAAUAUCUCAACUUGUGCUCCAGAAGACGCAACACUGUCCAACUGGAGUCCUUUCACCAACUGUUCAGUAUCUUGCGGGAACGGCUGGAUCACACGCACGCGCACUUGUACCAGACCACGCCUUGGCGGGAAAAAUUGCUCCUCUCUCGGUGCACUCGUUGAACGGCAACCAUGCAGCCUUCAAAAUUGUUCCGAGAAUGUCGAUAACAUCGAGGAAGUGCCAGUGGAUAAAAAGACAUUAGGGCUGAACUUUACGUGGAUCAUCAUACUCUCAACCAUUGGAUCAGUCCUAUUCUUGGUCAGCAUAAUUCUGGUCGUUACGUUGGUCAAGAAGCGUAGUCGUAAGCCAAAUAACCCUAACAUCCAAGAUGAAGAGGAGAUAACUCCUUAUGCAACGGUUCGCUUCAAUGAAGUUUUUCCAGCAAAUGCGACAAGUAAUUACUAUCCCAUUCCUGGUAUGUAUGACAAUCCACUGAAAGCUUUGCCUCCUCACCCAUGGAUAAAAACAGAAUCAAAAGCCGCUAAUAAGCAAGAGAUACGAAGAUCGCCAUACGGAAAUCUCGACCACCUGGGGAGGCAAGCAGUCAAUCCUCUCCAGUACCUCUUUUAUCAGCCUCGUUAUGAAAAUGAAUUAGCUGAUAAUACAACCCGAGAUGUGAUUUAUAUAAGGCCUGGGUACGACAAGUUGAUGUCCACCACAAGGAAAAAGAGGCGGGAAAUUUAUAGAGGUGAGGGUACGCGCUUGGCAUGCGAGAAAGCAGACAUGUCUGUAUAUGAUUCUCUCAUCCGCGAAAUCAACCUCAAGUGUAAAAGUCGGAGAGAAGAUUUGACUGACUCAGAUGAAGAUGGUGAAAGGAAUAUCCGUGUCAUUAUGGAAGAGCCCUCUGGCGACGAAAGGAGCCCAACUUGCUCAACAGAUGAAGGUGAAAAUACAAGAGACUCGACGAACUUAUCUAACAAUGGUUAUAAGGUUGACCUCGAGAAUGGUUGCAUUGUAAAUGACUGGAAUACAUCCGAGGGGGAAAAUGAGGAACAAAAUCUAACUUUAACGGAAAGAAAUGAUAAUUUGUCACCGCGUUCCCAAGCUGCCUUAAAAAUGGAAGAUAAAAGAGGUUUAUUUCAGUUUUAUAGCACUUUAAGGCAUUUCAUUGCUGAAUAA